AGAAAUUUCUUUGUGUUUACGUGUGAAUCUUGUCGGGGAUUCUUCAGGAGAUAUGCGCUUAAAAAUGAAACACUAUACUGUCCAUCAAAUGGCAAAUGUAUUAUAAACUCAAAAACAAAACAUUUAUGCAAAAAAUGUAGACUUGAAAAGUGUUUGGCUGUGGGAAUGAAAAAGGAAUUGAUACGAAGUGAUGACGAAAACCAAUUGAGACGACUUCAGCUCUUGGAGAGGAAGAGAAGAGUAAAAUCGUUGCCACAAAACACAGAUUCUUUCCGAUCUGAGACGACAGACAACUCGGUGUCCGCCGAAGACACUAAUGAAUUGGAUCUAAUGUUUGAUUGGAUUCAAAACACACCCAAAAUCAAUAACAAAGACCUAAACAAACAAAUUGGCGAAAUUGAAAAUAUUUUAACGACAAACACUACACUGAUUGACAAGUAUUGCCACAAAAUGCAAACACUAACAGUCGUUCCCAUAUUUAAAUCACUCACUGAUUAUAACGGCUUAAAUCAAUUGGAAACCAGUCGGGUAUCGGAGCUAUUGAUGGCGUGUAAAGUAUUGGAUUAUCCGAUGCCUACGAAUGCCAUUAAAGUGAGUGAUAAGGAAGAAAUGGUCAAAUUGUCGACACAAAGAGCUGAGUAUCUGAUCAGUGAUUUGAUCGCUUUGUGCAAAGGGUUGACCGGUUUUUCAAACCUGUGUUUUACCGAUCAGUUGGCGCUCUUUAAGUACGGGUCACUUGAAUUGAUGCACAUUAGCAGCAAUAAUGGCUAUAAUAUUGCAAAUAACAGCCUUACUCUGUAUAUGUUUAUGGCAAUAGUGCUAUUCAAUCCCAAUCGACCAAAUCUAACCCAUAAGCAUAAUGUGGCACUCGAACAACAACUGUAUAUAUAUUUACUGCAAAGAUAUCUACUAUUGAAAUACCGCUCGGAAUGGGAGUCACAGACAAAACUUCAAACAGUGAAAAACAAUAGGGUU